AUGUCACGAUCGAUAUCUAUUACCUAUGUGCCUGCGGAUUGCGGGUCCAUCAUCCCAGGAAAAUCCAAAGCGCCCAAAGCUUUCCAAGAUGUGGGCAUCGUGAGGAAACUACGAGAUGCAGGCCUCUCUUCCGUCUCGGAGCACCACCCUCUAGACUCGCCGGCGACAUACUCGGUAGCCACGUGCGCCCCGGGCGGCAUUCGCAAUGAAGAUAUCAACAUCGAAGUCUGUAAGCGUGUAUAUAGCAUGAUCACGCAAAAUCUGACCUCAUCUUCCACAUCGCCCCAAUUCCAGCUCAUCCUCGGCGGCGAGUGCUGCAUGUUACCUGCCAUUCUCUCCGCCUUCUGGAAGCAUGCAAGCCUGCAGUCACCUCCAAUUCGUGUCGGCCUGGUCUAUGUUGAUGCUGAUACCGACCUCGCCUCUCCAGCGAAUGCAGAUUCCACAGGAAUCUUCGCUGGCAUGAAUAUGACGCACCUCGUCCGGGCCCCCGGCGCGCUGCAGGUCAUGGAGCAGUUCUCCCGUGCGUCCGGGGAGCCCGUCUGUGACGCCUCCAACACGGUACUGUUCGGCACCAAUGUAUCCUGGCCGGCCAACAAGCGUGAGCACUUCGAGUACCUCCUAGAUAGGAACUUCAAGGUUCUCAGCUCGGCGUCUGUGGCGCGCGAGCCGGAACAGCGCGCCAGAGAAGCGCUGGACUACCUUGAGGACAAGGUCGAUGUCAUUAUGGUGCACCUGGACGUGGACAGUAUCGACCCGCGCAUGUUUCCACUCCCCAACGUACCGAAUUACACCGGGGUAACGUUUGAGCAGAUGAUGCGGGCAUUGGGAGUCUUCCUAGGCAGUCAGAAGGUUGGGGGACUGACCGUGGCCGAGGUCAAUCCGGACCACGACCCGGGGUUGCAGAUGGUGGAGAGGUUGACCGAUCAGAUUGUAGAAAUGCUAGCCGCGAGAGGUAUGAAGGGGUAG